GCUGCAAGUAGGUACAAAGCCGAAAUGAAUGAAAACGACCCAAAAUUAAACGCCGUACGCCAAGAGUACAAACGAUACAAGAAACGUAGUCCUCCUCCUGACCUGAGCGAUGUAGUUGACUUUGAGAAUCCGUGGAAAUUUUCAGAGAAAGUGCGGGAAAUUGAUAUUUCAGAAAAUUUCGACGAUUCUUUUGAAUGUCGCAAUUCAGGGUUGCUUAAAGUGGCCGAAUGGAAGGUUUUCGAAGUUGUUUCUUGUCCUGGUUUUAUAUUUAUUGUUAAUCCUUUUGAAAGAGGAGUACAGCAUUAUUUUGUGCAACGUUCUUUAAAGGACUUCCCCAGUAAACCAAAUGCGACAAAUUUGGUCGUUCACGAUGACAUAAAACUACAGGAAGACCAAUCAUUUUGGGAUUACUGUGUCCAGUCAGCUUCACCUGAAGUUAUCAAAAAACUCAGAUGGGCUCAUCUUGGCUACAAGUUUGACUACAACAAUGUUGAAUAUGAGCCAGGAAUUUACUAUGGGUUUCCUAGAGACCUUGCUAGCCUGACAUGCCACAUAGCAACAGCACUUGGAUAUCCUAACUUCAAACCUGAAUCUGGUGUUGUUAAUUAUUAUCCCCUUGGAUCAAGUAUGGGUGGACAUGUUGACAAAUAUGAAAAUGAUUUAUCGCAGCCUUUGGUAUCAGUUAGUUUUGGACAGUCAGCUAUUUAUCUUAUCGGUGGAGAAACUUGUGAUAUUCAACCGACAGCACUAUUUGUAAAAAGUGGAGAUGUAAUUGUGAUGACCAAAAAAUCAAGGCUAGCCUACCAUGCUGUCCCAUGUAUUGUUAAAGUUGGUAAUGAAGAUGAACCACCAGAGUGUUUAAAGUGGGAUGAUCAUGCCAAUGGUGGCAAUAUGUCUUUAUUUAGACAAACUGAAAAAAGCUAUUCGAAACCAGAUGAAUUCUGUUCAAUAUGUAACAAGUAUAUUAACCUAAGAACUUCUGCAGAUAAAUUGCAUGGCUUUGCAACAAAUUCAAAAGAGUGGAAACCAUUUGCCUCAUAUAUGGCAACAACAAGAAUAAACAUUAAUGUACGACAGGUGCAUGCCCCAAAUGAGGAUAUUACAUUGGAUUUAACUUGAAAGUGGUAAGGUAGUUUUUUAUAGAGAUGAUGAUAAUUAGAGGAUUUUUGAGAAAAUUUAAU